UACUUCCAAUACUACACAGAGCAAUGCCGGAUCGCCUUUCACGUUCACGGGCGAAAAAUUUCCGCCAACACUCAUCAACAAGUACUUGACAUUGUUUCUUCCUUUCAAGAUGGGUCUUGUAGAAAGACGAUUUUGCGGAAUCUGGUCGGGAAUUACAACACUGGCGGUACCACAGAAUCCGAAGACACGUUCGAGAGCUCCAUCGACCUUGCCGUGCGCCUCGCUCUCAUGCUAGACGUCGGCGAGCUUCGUAAUGCAUUCUCGGGUCGUAGACGGCUCAUCUGGAGCGAAGGCUCGAUUCAGGACUUUGUGCGGGACAUAUUUUCUGAAAACGUUACUUUGAGCCAUGAAGGGAUCAAGUUGGGGACGUCCUUCACUGCUCGUAACUUAGACCGAGUGACUGGGUUUCGAGUGGAAUUGACGACAAAUUUGGCGGAUCACCUUCGAUUGAGGUACGAAGAUAGGACUGUAUCAAUAUUUCAUCAUGCUUCGUUUUUGAAGUGCCAAAAGAAAAAUUCACUAUUCCCUGCUGAAUUUGUCGAGGAAACACUUCGUACCCUCGCACUAUUGUUCGCUCAAGGAGACAGAGAUACCCAGAAAUGGUAUUACAAGCAGGAUGAUCCAGAGGAGCUUGACCCGGGUGUCUUGAGAUGUGGCCAUCUUCGUGAUGACUAUCGACAGAUCGAGAAAUACAUGUUUUGGCAUGAUCGGCUGGUCAUCCUGAAAGAAGCUUUUGACGGAUCCCAGCCCAAAAACGUUUCCCAGUUGUGGAAUGAUAGACGAGAGGGAAAUCAAUGGUACGCGCUUUGGGUAGCAAUUGGAAUUACGCUGUUUUUUGGUCUUGUGCAAAGCAUUGAGGGGUUACUGCAAGUAUAUAAAGCAUACUAUCCCUCA